AAAUUUACAUAAAACGGAAAAUGUAUAAGGAAAAUUAACAACACUAGAAUUGUUGUGGGAUGUAAAUAUAAUAGUGCUUAUUUUUGAGAAUAUUUAUUAAAAUGGCUAAAUUAGACGGUGUUGGCUUAGGAUAUUCAUAUCAUCUACCAACAGCCGGUUGGAGUUUACGAAUACGAAACGCAUUAUCACAAUUUAGUGAUUUAUUUAGUGAAUUUAAUAAAUAUAUUGCACCAGCUUAUCAUCAUGAUCGAUGUGAAAGAUCCGUCUCAAUGCGAUUAUAUUCAAUGCAUAAACGUGAAUUCGUAAUGGUAUUUUUCGCAUUUUUUGCAUUAUUUGGAUUAGGUAUUUUUAUUGGAUUAGCUGGUCCACCAAUUACAAGUUCAAGCGAAGUAAAUGCUUCAACUUUAUUAGCAAAUAAUAAUUUAACUCAUAAUGAUAUUUCAACUGGUCCAUUUAUAUUGAAAACUAAUACUUUAACGACGUAUAGCCAACAGUUAUGGAUUAUUGCAAAAAUGUCCACGAAUAAUAAUGAUGAGGAGAUUUUCGAUAAAAGUUUUCACGUGAGUGUUGCCAUCGAUGGUUUAACGGAUGAUCAUACGCACGUAAAAAUUUUACGGCCAGAUAGAACAACAAAUAGAACGCGCCAUUUACGUUGUGAAAAACAAGAUUGUGAUGAAUUUAUUGCAUUACAUUUAGGAUUCUUAGAUUAUAAUCAUUAUAUUAUUACAAUUCGAUUUUAUGGUUUGGAAGCAUUUCAUCAGCGUUAUAAUAUACAGGAUAUAAUAUUUUAUUUUAAAACUUAUAAUCCAGCGUUUACACAAAUUGAAAUAUGGUUUCGAUUUAUAUUCCUAUUUGGUACAUUUAUUGUUACGUGCUGGUUUGCGCAUACAUUACGCAAAUAUGUAAUGUUCGAUUGGUCAAUUGAACAAAAAUGGAUGUCUUUGUUAUUGCCACUAUUACUAUUUUAUAAUAAUCCAAUGUUCCCAAUGAUGUUUUUGAUAAAUUCCUGGAUACCUGGAAUGUUAGAUGCAGUUUUACAAGCUACAUUUUUAUGUGCAUUAUUAUUGUUUUGGUUAUGUGUUUACCAUGGACUAAGACAGAAUGAAAGAAAAUGGUUAACUUUCUAUUUUCCUAAAGUAUUUAUUGUUGGGAUGUUAUGGAUUUCGGCAAUUAUUCUUGCAACAUGGGAUCGUUAUAAUGAAUUACAAGAUCCAACAUAUAAUUACGAAGUAGAUACUCAACAUUUUGAGUCUUUAAAAAUGUUCUUCCUAAUAUUCGCUGCGAUUUACUUAGUAUAUUUAUUCUUCUUAAUUUUAAAAGCGUAUAGUGAAUUGAGAUCAAUGCCAUACUUUGAUAUGCGAUUAAAAUUUUUAACAUUACUAAUGCUAGUGGUAUUAUCACUUACAUUGGUUAUAACAUUAAUGCGAUUUGGUUUUGGUGUUAUUGAGGAUAAUUUUGUGGCGCGAUUAUCAACACAUUACAAUAGUUCAGCACAAUUUAUGUCAUUUUAUGGUUUAUUAAAUUUUUAUUUGUAUACAAUGGCAUAUGUUUAUUCACCAAAUAAUCGAAGUAUUCAUGGUAAUUUUUAUUUUAUAGAUUCAGUAAUCACAAAAGAUAAUCCAGCAUUCUCAAUGAUCAAUGAUUCUGAUGAAGAUGUUAUUUAUGGUUCAGAUGAGGAUAGUCGUCGUCCAUUAAAUCGUAAUCGUCCUGAUGAUGAUAGUGAUUAAAUUUUUUAAAACAAAGUAUAAAUAAUUGUUGUUAAAUUAUUUUGUUGAUACACUAUUAAAUAUUAAAUAAGAAAAUUUGGAUAAAUAUCUCUUUUUUGGAAAACACAAUGUUUAAGUUUUAUGUUUAAUAAAUAGGUAAAAGUGAUACCGAAUUUAUUCGGAGCGGAAAAGUAUAGAUUAUGUAUAUGGAUGGUAUCUUCCUGACAUGGAGUUUUGUUUUUGCUUAGAAGCCAUGUAGGCUACGGAGCGUGCCAAAGAAAUAAACACACUCCAUAGACUUUGAUUUGAUUAAUUUUACCCUUCUUGAGUACUAGUGAAGCGAAAAUUGAACAAAUUUCUGAAAAAUUACUGAUGUUUAAUAAAAAAAAUGCUAACUUUAUAUAAUUUCUUCUGUUCUAUUUUGACUUGACAAAUUUUUUUCUCGGAAU